UUAACUUGUUGGCAGUUAGUUGGGUGGUACUGUGGUAGUAGUUAUUCUUAUUUUGAUGCGGAGUAUUUUUAUUUUCUUUUACUCCAACUUAUUGAGCUUUUCUCUUUUUUUGGAAUUCGUGAAUUUUCGCAUCAUCUUUUCCGUCUCCCAAGUUCUGCCGACUGAAGAGCGGCGGACGCUUAAGCACCGAGCACGGUGGCGAGCAAUCCGCAGCCGCCGCACCAUUCAGCCGCGAUUUAGCUGUUAGCCGCCCCAAGAUUUAGCUAUUCUGCCGGCAGCUGCUCCAGUGCCCACAAUUCAGCCUGCAGCCGCCGCCCCAGCCAACACUAUCCAGCCACUAUCAAGGUUAGAAAACAAUUGGGAUGACUACAGAAGGCACGUCAAAGAAAACAUCACGAGCUCAAUUGGUAAAGUUGGACAGAGGAUUCAAAUUGGCCGAACAAUGGGUUAAUAACAUGGGUAAAUCAUUGGACGAUGAUAAAUCAAAUGCGGCUAUUCUAGAGGCGCGGCCUCCUAGGCUUGGAAUUGGUGCUACAGUUCCCCGGGGGCCCACAUAUGUUCGUUCAGACGAUCCCAUAGAAAGAAAGUUGCGUGGUACGCUGAAUGCUAAAGAAAAGAAAGUUGACAGAAAGGCCGCUGCAGAUCAAAAGGUUGAAGAAAAGGGCGACACGGACGAUGAGGAAUCUGAAAGCAAAACUCAAGCAUUUACCAAGAAAAGACCGUUACUUCCGACCUUUGGUGAUCGUAAGAAGAAACAGAAGUAAAAGAUGAUGAGGGUAUCGUGUCUCGGAACGAUAUUGUUUUUGUUGAUUAUCUUGCAACUAUUUGUGCUUCUGCCCGCCUGGUAGUAAACGUAUUUCUACAGCAGAAACUACCUCAUAACCAGAGAAUUGUCUUUAUUUCUAAGAUUUUAUGCUGAUAUUAUUUUUUAUUUUUAGAGGACCAAGUUAAACCAGUCUAUUAUGAAUGACUUU